GAGAGAGAGAAGGUAGAGCAGCCAGUCGGCUCCAGCCAACACAACUCAGAGCUGAGCAAAGAGCAGAAGCGGAGGAGGAGCUGAAGAUCUGGUCCAGCAGAAGAACCUCAGAGAACCACAUAAAAAAAAAAACACCACUGCGUCUGAACUGGAGGACAGAGGAGAGAGAGAGAGAAAAGGUAGAAAGGUGUAGAGACAGAGAGAGAGAGACAGAGAAGGUAAAAAGGUAGAGAGAGAGAGAGAGUGACAGUGAUGAGUAAAGGUAGAGAGUGAUAUAGUUGAAGCAGAGAGAGAGAGAGGUGAGGUGAAGGUAGAGAGUGCCUCAGUUACAGUGUAGAGAGAGAGGGCUGGGGUGUUUUCCCCUCUCUCUCUCGCCCCGUGUGUCCGGCAGGCUGGCUGGGACGGUCAUGGCCUUCACCUUUGCGGCCUUUUGCUACAUGCUAACACUAGUGCUGUGUGCUGCGCUCAUCUUCUUCGUCAUCUGGCAGAUUAUCGCGUUCGAUGAGUUACGAACAGACUUUAAAAACCCCAUCGACCAGAGCAACCCCACCAGAGCGAGGGAGAGAAUCCUGAACAUCGAGAGGAUCUGCAACCUGCUGCGGAGGCUGGUGGUUCCGGAAUAUUCCAUCCACGGACUGUUCUGCCUGAUGUUCAUGUGUGCGGGCGAGUGGGUCACUCUGGGCCUCAACAUCCCUCUGCUCUUCUAUCACCUGUGGAGGUUCUUCCACCGGCCGGCGGACGGGUCAGAGGUGAUGUACGAUCCGGUCAGCGUGAUGAACGCAGACAUUCUGAACUACUGCCAAAAAGAGUCCUGGUGCAAACUGGGCUUCUACCUGCUGUCCUUCUUCUACUACCUGUACAGCAUGGUGUACGCUCUGGUCAGCUUCUAAUGGAUGAGUCCAGGAGAAGAACAGACAAAUGGAGAAAGAAAGAAAGAAAGAAAGAAAGA